GCCAGCUUCCUCUCCAGGAGUUGUAGUUUUUCGAAGCAGAUCUAACGUUAGCUUGCACUAGUGAGCCUCGCGAGGCUAAAGGAGUUGGCUAACAGGUUUUUCGGAGCUGUAGAAAACGUCGCGCUUUCCUGCUGACAUCCAACAAGAGUCUAGCUUCUCACCAGAUCAUGGCAGACUUCUCGCUCACCGAUGCUUUGGGAGACGACACGCAGGGCCAGGCUAAGAAGAUAGGCCACACCAACCCCGCUGUCCCUGCCAGCAAUCAGCCUUCUUCAAACCCGGGGUGGCCUGGUUCCGCCCCAGGAGCUCCCACCCAGCCCUCAGCACCAGCUGACUACAGCAGCGGAUUAUCUGGCCCCGGAGCGCCGGGGCCAUUCCAAUACCCCUCAGGUCCCGGAGCGCCAGGACAAUACCCGGGACCUCCCUCCGCACCCGGUGGCUUCCCUGCUGGUCCCGGAAUACCUGGACAAUAUCCCCCUGCGCCAGGCGCCCCGGGCCAGUUCCCCUCCGGCCCGGGGGCGCCUGGACAGUUCCCCGGGCAGUAUCCGUCUGAAGGGACCCCUGGUCAGCUUCCCGGAGGUCCUGCUCCUUACCCAAGCGGACCGUUUCCCUCUGGCCCCGGUGCUCCCGCCGGCCCUUAUCCGAAUGUGCCUUUCCCCGGUGGGCAGCCAGGAGGAGGCAAUGGGAUGUACGGACCAGGAGGUCAAGGUGGGUUUCCCCCUCCCGCUGGUCCAGGAGCUUUCCCCGCGUUCCCCGGAGGCGGAUUCCCCCCAGUGCCACCUGGGUCAUGGGGAUCACCAGGAGGAGGCUUCCCGGCUGCCCCGGCUCCGUUUGGUUCCGGGCCCAUGGGUCCGUAUGGCGGUCCUGCUGGUCCAGGAGGCACGUUGAUGGUGCCGUACGACCUCCCCCUUCAUGCCGGGAUCAUGCCCCGCCUUUUAAUCACAAUAAUCGGAGAGCCUCUUCCCUGUGCAGACAGGUUCCAGGUUGACCUGAUUAAAGGUUCAGACGUCGUCUUUCACUUCAACCCUCGCUUUAACGAGCAAACCAUUGUCCGAAACUCCAACAUCGGCGGUUACUGGGGCCCGGAGGAGCGAGAGGGGCCCUUCCCCUUUGUUCAGGGGCGCCGUUUUGAGUUGAAGAUCCUGGUGGAAGAGGACAUGUACAAAGUGGCCGUGGACGACACCCACCUGCUGGAAUACGAGCACAGAGUGGGCGGCCUGGAGGAGGUGACCCUGGUGCGGGUGACCGGCGACGUGGUUCUCUACAGCGCGGCCCCGAGCAUGAUCUGAGGCCGGAGCCACCCCCGUCGUCCCGUGGGUCCAACUCAAAUUAUCAACCCGAGUAUCCGACGCCUGCCUCCGUGCAUCUGGCAACCUCUCAGAUACACGGAGGCAGCUGAUGGAGCUGUCAGUACAGCCAGCAAAGUGCAAUUGUCCCUCGCGUGGUACAUUUACCGCAAAAAGCGUGACGCAGAUUGAAUUAAGUCAGCACUUGAUAAUCUGAUUCUUGUUUGUUUGUUUGUUUUUUUUCUGCUGAAUGAAAUCUCAUUUCAAAAUUACAUUUUCGAUUUAUAUUUAGCAAAAUUUUAUUAACUUUUUCUAUUCCUUUUUCCGCCCAAUUCUAAUCAAGGAGACGAUUGGGUAAAGUAAAUGUGUGACAAAUGAAAUAAAGGAAUAAUUAAUUUAUUAUUAAAAAAAAGAAGAUUGUUGGCAAAGAGGGAAAGAAGAAGCGUCCCAUAGAGUUCCUAUAGUUUCUGCUGGGGAGCAGUGUUUUUGUUUACAUGUGUUUUAUUUCUUUCUUCUUCUUUUUUUUUGUCAUAACACGAUAAGCCUUUGUAGUGCAUGAAAGUGUGAUGCUGAAAACUCACUUUUGUUUCAAUGCUGAACCAUGACCCUCUGGAGUCACAUAUAGUAGAUUAAUCCUAAAGUUUCUCCAAAUGUAAGUAUUUAUACACAGCGUUUUGUUCCUCUUCUCUUCAGCUGUUCUCCUGAGCUACAAGGCUGCGUCAAGGGUUGUUGAAAUGUUAUUUCUGUUUAAACAUAACAGCCAAAAUGGCACUAAUCAUUAAAUCAAAUUGUUGAAGGGUUUGGAUUUUCUGACUUGGUGCCAAAGAGAAGUGGUACACAUUAUGAAUUUCUAAAUAAAAAGACAAAACUUU